UUCCGUUGUAUGCCUCAAUACCUUCUUUGCCUAAAUUUUAUCGCACAAAUUUUUUCUUCUUCCUCUUCGCAGAUUACUUGGAUUGACGGUCUGGGCAAUGUGCUCAGCAAAGGCAUCGAAUAUGUGAAAGAGCCAUUAUCAGACUCGAGACGCAUAACAGCCAAGUCGAUACUGAAGUUGGCACCGAAGAAAGAGCAUCAUAAUACGACUUUCACAUGCCAAGCGCAGAAUACAGCGGAUCGCACAUAUCGCUCUGCCAAAAUACUAAUCGAGGUCAAAUAUGCACCCAAGGUAGUGGUAUCCGUUAUUAGCGGCGCCUUGGCUGGUGGUCGUAUUCUCGAGGGCUCCGAAGUUAUACUAUCUUGCCAAGCGGAUGCGAAUCCACCGCCGCAGAGUUAUCGUUGGUUCAUAAACGAUGAAUUGGUGACCGGUGAUUAUACAACGAAAAUGAUCAUACACAAUGCCACGCGCCAGCAUCAUGAAGCUGCGGUUAAGUGCGAAGUUGUCAAUGCGGUGGGCAAAAGCGAAGAGACUGAAACCUUGGACAUCAGCUAUGGUCCUAUCUUCCGACACCGUCCCAUCUCUGUUGAGGCAGAUCUCGGCACCAAUGCCAAUUUGCGUUGUGACGUAGAUGGCAAUCCGACGCCAGAAAUCGAGUGGAUCAACGAGAAUACCGAUCAGGUCGUUGGCACUUCGGCGAAUCUUACACUUAAAGUGACAGCUGAGUCUGCUGGCCGUUACUACUGUAAGGCAAUAGUUUCCGGAUUUCCAGAAAUAGGCGCCGAGGCAACGGUUUUUGUUAAGCGUGCACCGAUUAUCACCUCGCAUAAGGUGCAGUUCGGUGCUGUGGGGAGUCGAGCGAAAAUCGAUUGUGUGGCUUUCAGUGUGCCCAAAGCAGAGCAGAUUAUUUGGUCAUUCGAUGGCAAGGUGAUAAAUAUGAGCACUGCCGAUCCAGAUAUAUACAUUUUCGAGGAACAACAUCUGCCAGAGGGUGUGCGCGCGGCGCUAAUAAUCAAAGAGAGUCGCUCCAGUCAUUACGGCCGCUACAAUUGUACGGUGAUGAACUCAUAUGGUAGUGACUCAUUGCUGAUCAAUUUAAGACCAGAACCUGGUUCAGUGCCCGUGCUGCUUGUUGUUAUGGGCUCACUCUCCUCGGUCGCCAUUGUCAUAAUGAUUGUGAUGCUGGUGAUUGUUUACAUGAAACGCAGUAAUAAGAAACCCAUGCCGGCGGAUGUCAUACCGGAUGCAUCACGUGGUGGUGAUAAACUUUCCGAUCUGAAGAACGAAUUACGCAGCAAAGCUUAUGAUGUUGAUUACUCAGAGGCGGGCUCUGAUGGUUUGGCGAUCAAUCUGACACAAACGCCAAUGCCUGAUGUACAAAUGAAGGGCGCCACGCUGGGUGUGCCACUGGCGGGGCCAGUGAAGUUGGACGACAGGUUCUCCGGCGAAUUCAGCUACAGCCGCCAAUGCCACAUCAAAAAUUUGAAGAAUCAAGACUACAAAGAGACUGUCAACGGUUAUGCGCCCUAUUUUGAGUACGCGCUCGACUAUAGUGCUCCCACGGAGAGUGGCAAGCCCGGCGGCACGGCUAACAGCAAUGCCAAUAAGCCCCAGUCCAGCACAAUCAACUCGGCCACUUUGCCGCACUACACAAAUCCCGUCACAACAACUGGCAACCUCAGCUUGCCACGCAACCGCAACGAUAUGCAGCAGCAGCCGCAGCAGAGUAAUCCAGCAGCUGAUUUCGUAAACCUUAAUCGCCUCAGCUAA